AUGGAAAAUAAAAAACGUUUGGAGUCUGAUGAGGAAGAAAGUUGUUCCAGAUCCUGCGUUGUAAACAAAGGACCUUGGACCAGAGAGGAGGAUCAGAUACUCAGAGAGCUGGUCCAGAAGUAUACUCCCCGAAAUUGGUCUUUUUUGGCUAAAAUGAUGGGUAGCCGCCAAGGUAAACAGUGCAGGGAACGUUGGCAUAACCAUCUAAAUCCAGAGAUUAAAAAGACUCCAUUUACGAAGGAGGAGGACAAAAUGAUUGUCCAACUUCACAUGAAGUAUGGAAAUAGAUGGUCUGAGAUAGCUAAGCAUCUGCCUGGAAGGACCGACAAUGCGAUUAAGAAUUAUUGGAAUAGUUCUAUAUUGAGAAGACAGCAGAGCGGAAGAGAAAGGAGCCGUAGUGUUCCCAACUUUGAGAUUGAUACUGCAUCCAAUGGAUAUACUUCAGGAUAUCAACGGGAAUACUGUGGAUAUGGAUCUUUGCAUGGCCAGGCCCGUGAUGAGGAAGUUAGCAUGAGAAGAAUAAAGGUCAACCGAAGUAACAGCGUCUGUGAAAGUGUGUAUAGACAGGAGGAGGACCAGUAUAGUUCAGUUGAGCUGGAUGAGGACGAUCGAAAGGCCUACGAAGCCCUGGCUCGCUUCUGUUAA